GCAAUAAGACGGAAGUAACGAGCAUCAAGCAACAACUGCCAAUUCAAUAAGGCUGAAACUUUCGAAACAGAUGGAAACUCGAAAUGCAGGUGUCUCGUUUAUUCUUUAACAUACAAUCACCUUGUCAAUUCUCUCAUUCUUCUUACGUCUGUACUUGCUCGCUUAUCCUACAGCCUAAGUAUUAUCUGUCUUUUCUAUAAUACGAAACCCAAAUACCUUCCACUUAAUACAGCUCAUUCUCAUCCACACCUGUAAACUCAUCCACAGCUGUAAUUGUAUGGGCUAGUAGCGCAUAUCUCUGAUUUGCAGUCCUACAACUAUCCGCCACCUUUUAACAAAGAACAUAUACGCCGUUAUCUGGGUCUAAAGCUUGAAACCCUUCGAAACAACAAGACCUAUCCUUCGACCGAGUUCACUAGCGAACACCAGCAGCAAUGGGGAAGGACGUGGAAAAGUCAAUUAAGCUAAAGGAAGAUGGGAACCAACACUACCAAUCCGGCGACUUUAUAGGCGCCGAGAGCCUUUACUCCAAAGCCAUCAUCGCGGACGAUACGAACCCCUCAUUGUACACAAAUCGUGCUAUGGCACGGCUUCGACUCGAAUUAUACGAAUCGGCCAUCUCAGACUGCAACGAGUGUAUCAAAUUAAGUGGAGGCAAUGCAAAAGCAUACUUUGUCCUUUCCAAGUGCCAACUAGCCAUACACGACUACGACGCUGCCCUCGAGAGCGCUCUGCAAGCCCACCGCUUGUGCGUUGAGACGAACGACAAGUCACUUGGCUUAGUUACCGACCAAGUCCUACGCGCUAAGAAAGAACGUUGGGACGAGAUGGAAAAGCAGAGGGUCCGCGAGGGGCAAGAGUUGGAGAAUGAAGUCAUCGGCCUCUUAAAGCGCGAACGUGAAGAUAUGAUCGGUUCUUGCGACAACGACUUCGAUAGAGAGCAGGUUAGGCAGGAGUGGGACCACAAGAUCGAGUUGCUACGAUCGACAUUUGAGAAGUCUAGAGCCGCGUCGGAGAAGAAGCGCGAGGUUCCUGAUUGGGUAAUUGAUGAUAUUAGUUUCGGUAUCAUGAUCGAUCCAGUAAUUACCAAGACCGGCAAGUCAUACGAGAGGGCGUCUAUUAUGGAGCAUCUUCGAAGACAUCCCACCGAUCCCCUGACAAGAGAGCCACUGCACCCGAGUGAAUUACGGCCAAAUCUUCAACUAAAAGAGGCCUGCCAAGAGUUUUUAGACCAGAACGGAUGGGCAGUUGACUGGUAACCAGGGAGUGGUAAGCGAGAUACGGGGGAUACUCGAGAUGAUCCGACGGUAAAAUAAUCGAUACAAUGAGACCAGGGAGAGCGUAAUGGUAUGGAUAAGUAUUGGGGUUUUAGCAAGCUCUGCAUUGCACGGCGUUUUUCUUUUUCUCUUCCGGAUUAGCCUAGUUGCGCCAUUGUAGGAUACCCAACAUUCGUAUGAGGAGCGAAUAUUUGAGGUUACGGUUAUGAGAAAUGAAUACUAGAGUAUUGCUUAAGAUAGCGCGGUUGCUGUAAACUAGAUAGGGGUUAUGAAAGAUAAAUCAACCAUGGUAAUAAAUUUUGAAA